AUUGAAAAUGGCGGAGAGCAUCGACGAAUAUUUGUGUUACUCUGUGGAGAAUUUAGAGACUUUGACUGUGAAUCAUUUGAAGCGAGUGUUAAAAAGUGUGUCUGAACACGUUACUGGCAAGAAAGCUUCAUUAGUGUCUCGUCUGUAUGCGUACAUUUGCCGUGUAAACGCACAGAAACAGGAAAAUCUAGACAUAAACCAAGGAUUAACAGUGGACAUUAAUAUUCCUGAACAAUGUACGUUCGACGAUUUAAUCGUUCUUGCCGACGAAGCUGGGUGGACUAAUGACCUGCGAUUGCUACCAAAUGUGAACUUUCACCAGUUGUACCAGUAUCUGGUAGAAAGGACAAGAAAAUACGGUGAUCAAAUCAUGAAAGGCACUGUGUUUAAGAAAGAAAGAGCGUAUAGCUUCUAUAAGGAGCGUCAUAUUAAUGACAUUAAAGUUGCUGUUAACAAAAACUUGACCCUAGUCAGAGCUAAAGUAAUUGCCUCCAUGAAAAAAAUGAAAUACAAGGUUGUGGUUGUCUUGAAGAACAAUGGGGAUGUGAUGUAUGCUGCCUGUGACUGUCCAGCCGGACUCGGUCCUAGAGGAGAAGGCAAGUGUAACCAUGUUGGAGGACUGUUGUUCUGUGUGGAGGACUUCGCACGGAAUGACAUGCAGAAGGCACCAGAAGUUGUGACCUGCACAUCAAGGCUAAGCAACUGGAAUGUUCCACGAGAUCUCAAAAUGGACUCUGCUUCCCUUGCUGAACUAAAAAUUCGUAAGGUAGCUCAUGGAAAACUUCAUGAUCAAUCCCCAAUUUCCACUAAUUAUGAUCCUCGCGCUCCUGCUGACAGAUGUGUGGAUUUUGCAGCGUUGGGAACACUGUACACCGACUUGGAAAAGUGUAUGCCUGCUUCUGGAUUCUUUUUGUUUCAUGAAGACCUUUCGGAAACCAAUACAGGUAGUGAGGAGUUUGAGGUUCUGCUUGAUGAAAGCUUUCAUGUGGCUGACCAAGUUGAGGUGAACACUUCCAUCAAUGAAGUUAGACGCAAUAUUGAUAAAAGCAGUGAAUUAUCGGACAUAAAUGUGUUUAAACUUUGUACUGUGAACAUGCAGGACAUUGAUUACUCCGGAAACCACUGUGAAAUUCAGUCAGCAGUGUCACAAUACAUUGAUAAAGAUCAUGUUGAUCCUGAAAUAAUAAACAUAUUGGAGAGACGAACCAAGGCACAAAGUGAUUCAGACUUGUGGAACAAUGUGCGCAAGUGCAAGUUAACUGCUUCAAAUUUUGGCAAAAUUAUUAAGCGCAAGAAGAACCCUGAUGGUUUGUUGAAGCAGAUGCUUUACUCCAACUUUACUUCGAAAGCAACAGAAUAUGGGAGGAAAAAUGAAGAGAUUGCGGUGAAGGAGUACAUGAACAAAAUGGCGACAAGUGGAACAAAUGUGGUCGUUACAAAAAUGGGACUAUUACUGCAUAAGCAAUAUACGUGGCUGGGUGCUUCAGUCGAUGGGAUUAUACAUGACACCACUUUAGAUAGCUUCGGAUGUCUUGAAGUAAAAUGCCCCAUGUCGCGUGGCGGCUUAAGUGUGAACGAAGCAAUUGAAAAGCAGCCAUUUUGUCUUAGAAAAACUGACAGAGGUGAGGUCCAGUUGAGUAGAAAUCAUGACUAUUACUUUCAAGUUCAAGGGCAAAUGUUUGUAACUGGGCUUUCAUGGACUGACUUUGUUGUGUGGCUUGGAAAUGGUGUAGUAUUUAUCGAGCGCAUCCAGUUUGACCAAGCCUCCUGGGAUUCUCGAUGGCUGCCAGCCUUGCAAACAUUUUACAAGACAGUUUUCGUGCCUGAGAUGUUGACUAGACGAGUUCAGGACUUAGUUAAUAACUAAGCCUUAUUGAUGAGAAAUAGCUUCCAUCUCUUGUAUAUAUGUAAAAAUGUAUAUAUUCAUGAACUGCAAAUAUCAAGCAUUUAUGUUAACCCUUUCAGUGCAGGAACCGAAUUUUGAAGGCCUGUGCAAACAGUUUGGAUCCAGAUGAGACGCCACAGAACGUGGCGUCUCAUCAGGAUCCAAACUGUUUGCUAGUCCGAUAGUAUUUUUUGAAAAAAAUUGAAGAAAAUGCUAAUUUUAUAAAUUCAGCAGACGACAUUUUAGCAGACGACAAAUUUCCCAGCAUGCAAAGGGUUAAACAGUAUUCUUGUUAUUAUAUGUUAUGUUUAAUUUGUUAAGAAUUUCCAUCUUACUGUUUCAUUGAGUAAUAACAUCUGAAUUUUAAGUCACUUCUAGUGUAUAUAUAUGUACUUAUGAAUUAAUUAUGUGCUCUUGUUAUUAUAUUGAUAUUUAUUUUUAAUUAUAUUGAUAUUUAAAAAGAAACUAAGAAGAGCUGCUUGCUUUAUUUUUUAACAGUAAUAACAUCAUAGGCAUUUCUUAAUUUU